CAGCGAGCGCGGCGGAUCAUCUCCUUUUCGUUGUUAUUAUUAUCAUUCAUCUCCCCGCAGAGGGAAUGGCUCACGGCGGGGCUGCGGGAAGCGACGAGCCCUUGCCGGGCACCUCCGGCCGCAGAGACGGCGGCGACGACGAAGGCCGGUCUCUGGCGGCGGCGCUGGUGAUGCGGGACGCGCUGUCUCUGGAGGAGAUCCUGCGGCUCUACAGCCAGCCCAUCAACGAGGAGCAGGCGUGGGCCGUCUGCUACCAGUGCUGCGGUUCCCUCCGCUCCCGAGGCCGCCGCGGGGAGUCUCCCAGGCGCAGGGUGGAGAGCCCCGCCGACAUCCGCAUCUGGAAGGACGGAGCCGUCACGCUGGGCGACGUUGCUCGGAGCCCGCCGGCAGCAGGUAAAUCAGAACAUUUACGCUGUCCAGAAACAGAGGUAAUAGAAUCAUUGGGAAUUAUUAUUUAUAAAGCACUGGACUAUGGCUUGAAAGAGAAUGAAGAGCGAGAGCUAAGCCCUCCCUUGGAACAGCUUAUUGAUCAUAUGACCAACACAGUAGAAGCAGAUGGGAGCAAAGAUGAAGGUUAUGAGGCUCUGGAUGAAGGAGUAGAAGAAGAAAAUGACAAAGGACACGUUGAAGUUAUUCAGUCUUACCGCGAUGUCAUGAAGCUCUGUGCUGCUCAUCUGCCAACUCAAUCAGAUGCACCAAAUCACUAUCAAGCAGUGUGUCGGGCACUAUUUGCAGAAACAAUGGAGCUGUACACAUUCUUGGCCAGAAUUAAAAGUGCAAGAGAGAAUUUGAAGAAGAUGCAGGAAAUGGACAGAGAAGGAACUGAUGACUCCAGCGCUGAUCUUGAUGAGUUAAAAACUGCUGAUUGGGCUCAGUUUUGGGUGCAGGUCAUGCGAGACUUGCGAGAUGGUGUGAAAUUGAAGAAAGUUAAAGAACGUCAAUUCAAUCCUCUUCCCAUAGAGUAUCAGCUCACACCAUAUGAGAUGCUGAUGGAUGAUAUUCGAUCCAAACGCUAUACUUUAAGAAAAGUUAUGGUCAAUGGGGAUAUCCCUCCACGAUUAAAAAAGAGUGCUCAUGAUAUUAUCUUGGACUUUAUCCGAUCUCGACCUCCAUUAAAUCCAGCCUCUGCAAGAAAACUAAAACCAACCCCACCAAGACCACGUAGCCUCCAUGAAAGAAUACUGGAAGAAAUCAAGUCUGAAAGGAAGCUGAGACCCGUCUCUCCUGAUGAGAUCAGGCGUAGCAGGCUAGCAAUCCGGCCUCUUAGCAUGUCUUACAGUUUUGACUUGUCAGAUGUAUCAACACCAGAGGCCUCCAAAAAUCUUUCAGAAAGCUGUCAGAAUGGCAGUUUUGCAUCAGAAGCAAAGGUGAAUGGCAUUGGUGCUACUAAGUUGACGGUACAACGGAAGAGACUUUUGAAAGCUCCCACUUUGGCUGAACUGGAUAGCUCAGAUUCAGAGGAGGAGUAUGUACAGAAAUCACCCAGCAGCAGUAGUAUUUCUCCCUCCCAAAUGGAAGAUAUAUUUCCAGAGACCAUAUCUGGGAAAAAGGUGCCUCCGAAAUUCUUGCCAAUAUCAUCCACACCACAACCAGAGAGGAGACAGCCACCUCAGAGGCGACAUUCCAUUGAAAAGGAAACACCAACCAAUGUUCGACAGUUCCUGCCACCUACAAAACAGAGCUCCAGAUCACUUGAGCACCCCCUUUUUCUGUUCUUGUUUGGCCUUAUGAGAAUGAGGAGGCUUCUUGUUCCCAGGAUAACAAGUUUAUUUCCAAGGAUGACGCUCAAAACACUUUUCCCAGCCAUACAUACAGCCUCCCAGCUUAGCUCCCAUCCCUUUGAAGCAGCCUUAUUUGGGGUGGCAAGGACUAUAUAUUAUCUUUGUGAGAGAGCUUUUAACAACAAGUGGACACUCUCAAAGGAGGAGUUUUGUUACCCAGUGGAAUGCCUGGCUCUUACAGUGGAAGAAGUAAUGCACAUCCGUCAAGUGCUAGUGAAGGCCGAGCUAGAGAAGUACCAGCAGUAUAAAGAUGUCUAUACUGCCCUUAAGAAAGGAAAGCUCUGUUUUUGUUGCCGAACAAGGAGGUUUUCUUUCUUCACCUGGUCCUAUACCUGUCAGUUUUGUAAAAGGCCUGUAUGCUCACAGUGUUGCAAGAAGAUGCGCCUGCCAUCAAAGCCAUAUUCUACACUUCCCAUCUUUUCUCUGGGACCUUCGGCUUUACAGAAAGGAGAGAGUUUUAUGAGGCCAGAUAAACCUUCCACUAGCCAUCACCGGUCACUUAGGGGCAUGCCAAGAUUAUCCUCAAAGUCCAAGUCGGUAGAUAAAUCAGAUGAAGAAGCACUAUUUCCAAAAGAGCUAAUGGAGGACUGGAGCACCAUGGAAGUGUGUGUGGACUGCAAAAAGUUCAUUUCAGAAAUCAUCAAUUCAAGCCGCCGCAGCCUCUCCCUGGCUAACAAGCGAGCCAGAUUAAAAAGGAAAACCCAGUCGUUCUACAUGUCCUCCCCAGGCACCUCGGAGUAUUGCCCUUCUGAGAGGACUAUCAAUGAGAUCUGAGCUGUAUGCCUUUCUCUUUGCUUUGUAUUCAUGAAGUCUUGAGAGAACUCGAUGAAACCAGAAUGUCUUUUUUCCUUUGUUCUACCCAACAGCUUACAUUUGCAUUAGAUCACUGGUUUUGCCACUCCAUAAUUUAUACACACAGAGAAAGUAAGAAAUUGGGCUAUGCAGCAGGUCAGUAGAUAAAACUGUUUGCACGGGAAGAAAUUGUCCAUUAGAAAUUGUUGCCUUUUUGUAUGUGAAACAGUGUACAAAGAGCGCCUUUACUUGCAUUAUUUUUUUCUAGUGUUCAUUCCUUCGGUAAUGUUCAAGAAAAGAAUCAAAAUAUAGAACUACACAAUGGUGUUAGCAGAGUUGUAAUUAUUGAACUAUGCUGGCAUUUACUACCAACUAACAUUUACAUUUCAGUCUUUGUGGCACACAAGCCCAUGCUUGUACAGAAAAUUGACGGGGGCCAUGGCUCUUAAUGCCUUAUGGUAAAGCACAAAGCUUUAAAGGAUAUGCUCAGCAUGGUCGAUCAAUCCAAACUAGAUAGUUUAUACUGUCUGGGUUGUCGGAUAAAAUAUUGAAUAAGCUAGAAGCCUAGAUUGGGUAACUAUUUCCUGCAGCUGCUACUUGUUCCAGUAUAAUAAGUGUGUUAUGUCUAAAGUAAUAGCAGUUUCUUCCCUAUCUUGAAUGUAUUCUGAAUGUUAGUUGCAGUAGUUGUUAGUUGUAGCUUUUAGACAUAAGCAAAAUACUCUCUAUGGAGGGGAUGCAAGAUAAGUGCAACUUUUUAAUAUUAAUGAGUUUUUUGUAAAAUAAAGAACAUUCUCUGGGUGACAAUCCUGAGAAAAUAGAUCAUAUGUAUAUUUGUAUUAUAGUAGAACACAUAAGUACUGCUAUAAUUAAGGGUCUGGAAGCAUAUCCAUUAUAAGCCCCAUUUUUACAGGGGUUUGUAUCUUGGCUGUAAAGAAAUUUUAUACCCUGCAAAAAUUUGAGGCAGGAGUGUCUCAGAUUGAGAGGUAGGUUUUUUUUAAGGUUUGGAGAAACACUGUCUAGCUGUUUUGAAGUUCCAGGAAUAUUACCAAACAUCACAUUUUUGCACUCUUUUAUAUUCCGAUUUUUCAAUGUAAACAAACUGGAGCUUAGUGUGGAGUAUGCAGCUAGGUUGUUUUUAUAUUUAUAACAGCACAGUUAUAAAUAUUUGCAAAUCAUCCAGUGAACAGGAACAAUAAUCCUUUCACGUUUUUAAUGGCUAGGUCCAUAUUUAAUAUCAGUAUUCGGUAUAUGAUAGGAAGGAUUCAAAUAUUUGAAUUUUCAUUUUCACAUUUUAGGUUGAUGAGUGACAUCUCAGUUCACUUCCAAAAUAAGCAGAAUCUGCUUAAAUGCAAUCUCUAUCCAGACAUUUGUUUAAUGAAAAUAUGCUGAGAAAUGAAUCUUAUCUUCCAAGGAAACCAAAACCAAAACAUUAGAGGCUAAGAAACAGAGCUAUUAUGUAAAAACUAAAAGCCUGAUAUUGCUGCUCUAAUAUCUGAAAUUUAACUUACUGCACAAGCACAAAUGUUUGGGGUCUUAGGAUGCAAUGGGGUCUCUGGUCCAAUUAUUCUUAAGCAACUCAGCCAAGACAAUGGGACUACUCUAUUUUCAUU